AUGUCAGUUCAAGUCCCUCGAGCAGCUAAACGCUUACGCUUAGCCGGUUCCAAGAGCUGGGUGUGUUCAGAGUGCAGCAGAAGAAGUUUCGCAACAUCGCAAUGGCGUCUCCAACAGCAGCCCGAGCAGCCAGUCAAUAGAACGACGCAUUUCGGAUUCGAGACUGUGGAAGAAUCCCAGAAAGCAUCGAAAGUCGGAGCCGUGUUCUCCUCCGUUGCCACCACCUACGACCGAAUGAACGAUUUGAUGUCCUUGGGCAUCCACCGAUUAUGGAAGGACCACUUCGUACGAUCACUCAAUCCGGGCGUACGGACCAUGACAGCACCAAAUGCUCAGAAAGGUCAAAGAAUAUUGGACAUUGCAGGCGGAAGUGGAGACAUCGCGAUCCGCAUGCUGGACCACGCAACGAACAUCAACCGAGACCUCGACACACACGUAACAAUAUCCGACAUCAACCCCGACAUGCUAGGCGAAGGGCGUAAACGAUUAGCAGCGACGCCAUAUCAUGCUGCUGGAAGAGUGGACUAUUUGGAAGCGAACGCGGAAGAGCUAGGCGCAAUCGAAAGCAAUAGCAUUGAUCUAUACACCGUGGCAUUUGGGAUACGGAACUUCACGCACAAGGACCGCGCGUUGAAGGAGGCUUUCCGCGUGCUCAAGCCGGGUGGAGUCUUCGCAUGUCUCGAGUUUGCUCCACAGCUGUCGAACCCAGUGAUGAAUGGGAUCUACAAGAGAUGGUCAUUCAGCGCGAUUCCUUUGAUCGGACAGAUCGUCGCCGCCGACCGAGACAGCUACCAAUACUUGGUGGAGAGCAUUGAGAAGUUUCCAUCGCAGCCGGAGUGGGCGAAGAUGAUUCAGGACGCUGGGUUUUUGAUUCCGGGACACAGCAAUGCUGGACCGCUGGAGAGCGGAUGGGAGAAUCUGAGCAUGGGCAUCGCAGCGAUACACAAGGGGAUCAAGCCGUUGUGA